GUGUUGAAGACCCAUUUGGGUCUCUCGAGCCAAGAUGAAGUUGACCAUAUUAUUAUGGUCCCUAACGGGGGUGUUCUGCUAUGUUCCACCAGGAAAGGACACGAUUUUGUCGGGAAUAUUCCUUCGCGAUCUAGUAAAUCGUUUAAAUUCUAAACAGAUGUCGGACAUGUCUUAUUUGGACUUGAACGACGGUUUGCCUUUAGAUGGUCGUUCACUAACACGAGGAUUGGAAGGUGAAAGGAUGUAUCCUUUGGACUACGAUAGUCUGGGGGACAUCAAUAUCCAUCCUAGUAUCAGAGAUCAAGAAUUUCUACAGCAUAGUAGUUUAUGGAGUAACCAGUACGUGUCUGGUGCUGGAGGAGACGGCCACCAACUUUUCAGGCCUGAGGGCAUCAAGAAUAAACAUGAAGUUAAAACCGAUACUCUGCCCGCUUAUUGUAAUCCUCCGAAUCCCUGUCCAGUUGGAUAUACCGCUGAGAAUGGUUGUAUUGAAGAUUUUGAAAACAGUGCUUUAUACAGCCGCCACUAUCAGGCAGCGCAGGAUUGUAUGUGUGACACGGAACAUAUGUUCCACUGUCCAAAUCCUGCUGGUUCAAUGGUGGAUGAUUCCAUGGAAGGCAUUGACGAUAUGGAAUUCAACAGAUUUCUUCAACAUUCUUUCAAGUUGAAUCCCGGAUUUCAACAUAAGAAUUUGGUGGCCAAAAAGUUUCAAGGAUAUGAAGAGACUGCGAGGGAGAAUCCCUUUUUGACAGGAGAGAAAUUGCCAGUGGCCGCCAAGAAAGGCAACAAAGUACAGCUAUAUUAAAUGAGGAUCUCUUCUUGUUGACACCUAGACAGUCAACAAUACCCUGACCAGGACAUUCUCUAAGUUUAUAAAAAUGUGGUUAUUUCAUACAAACAGAGAGAGGACGCGCAAGGACCCAAAUAAAUGAGAAUUUUAUAAUUUUUUGUUUUGCAAAUGUUGGUUACGUAAGCUUGAAAGGGCUGUUUUGAAACAUUUUCCCCGAUUAUUUAAUUAUAACCUAGGGAAUAAUUGUCGGAAAACAUUUCAAGAAUCUUCAUAAAUGGUUAUGUAAUCCACAUUUCCCUCCCUCCUUAAGAUUUUCAUUUUUUUGGUCGUAACACUAGGCAGCCGGAUAACCACAAUUUUAUAAAUUUUGAGAAUAUUCUAGGCAAUUAUAUAACGACAAGGCUAUUAAAACGGACUAGCGAGAUGGAACUACGCACUUCUAUUGAAUAGAUAGUAGUAACCCUUAAAUGUUUAGACCUAAGGCUAUGUUUGUGUAAUGCAGACAAAACAUCUUGUUUUUAAUAUAUAAAAACAUAUCAAAUGACCAGCAUAUUAAAGGCCCUUUUGAUUUUGGUUAUAGUAUUUUGUUUACCCUAAACUACAACGCUAAAUUUAAUACUAUUAACCGAAAUCUCAUAAUUAUGAAAUAAACAAAAAUGUGAAGUCCCUUGACUUGAAACUCUUUCUCCAACUCUAAUAAGGCCAAAGGUGUUAAAACUCACAAACUAAGAUCUUUGUUUUGACGUUGUUAAAGUUUGACGAUGUUGAGCUAAGGGAUUUCAUAAUAAACUUCACGAGAAUACUUUAACAUUCUUACGUAUUAUAGAUAAGAGCACUCCUUGCACAAAGUGGAUAAAACAUUAAAUGACACCUUGCACAUUAAUUGUGAAAAUUGAUGUAAAAAUACAUUUUAUUAGCUGAGGCUUUGGAUGUAUGACUAACUUAAAACUUUUCAUGUCGAAUCUCUAAAAAAUAUUUAAUUAUAAGGAUAUUAUGUAACCAAUAUAACCAAUAAAUGUUUAUUCAACAAGCUGCUUGGACAUUGUAAGCUGUCAGUCCUGCGCUGAUUUGAAUGAAAUAAAAUAUUGUCUUCAAUGUGGUA